CAAUGGUCUGAGAGUUUCGUGAGUGUAUAUAUACUUCUAAUGGUUAGCUAUCGGUCCAUUUAUCUCAGAAUGAAGCCUUGGAUCUUUGUUCUAUUGUCAGGUGGUCUGUGCGCCGCCUCGCCGUUUGAAGCUGUUCUGCCCCAGCAUGGAAUCGAGUGCCCGCCGCCCUCCGAGAACUUGGACGGGCACUGCAUCCUGGUUGAUAUGGUCAACAUGGGUAUCUGGCAUGACAUGAGGGCAGCCUGUCAAGAGCAAGGCGGCGAUAUGGCAAAGGUGCACGACCCCAACUUCAUGACAACCCUCGUCGACCAUAUCCAGUGUCUAGGAUACGACGAGGAUUUCUACUGGCUGGGCGGGACGGACGAGGAAACGGAGGGCCACUGGAAAUGGGUAGACGGCACCGACAUCCGCAUGGGCUUCCCCCUCUGGUUCCACUGUGAGGACGUGGUGGAACCUAAUUCUGGGACCCGCGCCAACUGCCUCGUCUCGGCUAAAAACUCUUACUUCUAUUUGCGAGAUCAGAACUGCAUCAACUACUACCAUCCCAUUUGCGAGUUCCCUCCCGGAGGCGCGGUUGCCUCGACCACACCUGCGACGACCAUCAGGACAACUACUGAAACCUUGGAAUCGACACCUUCCAGCUAUACAGAAUCGACACCUUCAGUUGAAGAAUGAGUAAUCUACCAUUUUUUGUCGGUUUCUAAAAGGUGAUGACGAAGCCAGGUUGAAAACUAAUCCUCACCGCAUAUCAAGACAGUUUCCCUUUCCUGAUCAUCUAAAUAUUUAGCUGUGCUUUUGCCUUUAGCCAUUAAGCCAACGUUCUUUUAGGGUCAAUAUUACAUAAAAUUAUUCGUUCUA